AUGAAAUUCGCCAUCCCAGAUUCCGAUUCUGACGACGACUACGUCGCUGUCGUCCAAGAUGAGAGCGGCUGGCUCUCAGACGACAGCUACGUCCAGGAGCCACCCGAUCUCACACGCCAACCGCUGUCAAAGCUGGGCAUGCACAUCCGCAAGAUCUUUUUGUCCGACAGCGAGGACGAGACCAGCUCGGAAGACGACAUCGGCAACGGACGCCGCAGCCACCGCAAGUCAAAGAAGUCUUCCGUACUCCGCAAGCCGAAGCCAAAGUACAAGUACCGCCCCACGCAGCGCUGGCCCCAAUUUGAGCCCUCGUUUGCCGACGUCGUCCGCGACAGAAGAUAUGACGAAUACGACAAGUGGGUCCGCGAGACCAAGGCCGAGGCUUGGAACAAUGGCCUCAGGUUGAUGGCGAAGCGCCAGGCCGACUUCGACCAGCUAAGGGCUGACGCGCUGAAAGAGCAAGAGCUUCAGCAGCAGCAAAGACGCGACAGCGAGUCCAAUGAGCUCAUGGCUAUGAUGCAGGCCCUCCAGCUGCGAGUUGAAGAAGAGGAGAAAGAGCGCACGCGGCAAUUUGAGGAACGCAAGGCCAAGCUGUGGGCCGAUAUCGACGAAGUAAUCAAGAUGGCCGAGCGCCGGCACGUCGAGGAGCAGGCUGCGCUGGCCGCAGCCGAAGUGAAGCGCAAGGAGGAGGAGGCGGCGCAGAUUGUGGCGGCCGAGAAGGAGGCGUUGGCAAAGAAGGCCGAGGCCGAGCGGCUGGCGAGGCAGAAGGCGGAGAAGGAGGCCGCCGACCGCGCUGAGCGUGAGCGCGCGGAGAAGGACGCACAGGCCGCACAAGAGGCGGCUCAACGCGCGGAAGCAGAGGAGAAGGCUGCUGCCGAUGUUACGAUGCGCGGGCGGCGCGAGUGGACGAAGUGGGUCGACAUCCAGAAGUGCAUGAAGAGCGAGGUCAUCAACCCAGCCAAGGCCAACCGUGAACUACGCACGUCUCUCAAGCCCACUAUGCGUCUUAUUAACCGUUGGAUCGGACAGGUCGUGAACACCCAGGAGAAGAUCAUCGGCGUUACCAAUGACCUUUGCGCAAAGUUCAACGAGCAGCUUCCUUCGGCGCCAAGCGCCGCCAACCCAGUGGUUUUCGGCGAGCAACUUCACGUCCCAUACUACUACCUGCUUUCUCACACCGCCAAGGCCCUGGUCCGGCAAGCUGUAGGCGAGGUUGCAGCCAAGCCUGAGGCUGCCUACCCACUCGCUCGCAUAGUCAUGGGUAUUAUGCUGCGCGGACACCCUGCGUUUGGCACCGUUGUGUUUGCACGUCUAGUGAAGAAGUGCCCUUGGGUAGUGCCGUACUGGCCAGUGCGCACAGAGGGACAGUCGCGCGCCGAGUUCGAGAAGUCGACAGGCCAGCUCGCCGACGAAAGCCACGACGAGUACAUUCGUCGCAUGCUCGGCAUCGUACGCCUAUACUUUGCUGUGCUGGCGAUCCCCCUCGCGAGCCUCGCCCGCUCUCUGCCGACGCAGCCGACGCCCCAGCAGCUGGUCAAGCUCGUGCCCGAGGAGUGGCGUCUCCCCGCCGCAUGGACGUGGGUCGCAAGCGCGCUCAAAGCCGGCCUCGCCAAGCAUCCGGUGGUCGGGCCGCUCCUCCUCGCGCACAUCGAGGCGGUCGGCCCGGCCCUCGUGAAGACGUACGGCCCAUUCCAAGUCGGCAAGGUCUUCGCUGCUGAGAAGGCUGGCGUCGCCAGUGGCGCAAUUCGCUGCGACACGCCCGCCACGCGUUCGACAAUCACGGCAUUGGUCGAGGAGUGGGAGCAGAAGCGCCAGCUGCCAAUGCCCAAGGGCAUCAACUGGUAGUCUCCCCUCGCUGGUCCGUAUAUCUGUAUCGCCUAAACACCACGUUGCCGCCAGUCAUGGACAUUCGCGGGUGGGGCGGAGGGCGCGGAGCAUCAGAUAGAGCGCCAUGUAGCAACAUAAUUGUAGAUUUUGCAUCGAUGCAUGUACACUUCGGCUGCAGGGGCCAGUCGGGCGCCGCCGAGAGGGGUAUGGGGACAUGCUCAAUACAAAGUUGCAUCUAGAUCUUCGCAGCUAUCGCAACUCCCGCCGCGU